AGAUUGGGGAGCUCUGCUUUUGCGCCGCUCUGCUCUAAGGUGGAUUGGGAGCAGAAAACGCACACAGACUCACAGGGUGGCAGCUGGAAUCAGGAUGGUAACUCGGAGCCUUUCUCUUCUUUCUCAUCCCCUACCACUCUUCAGGGACUGAUACAAAGGAUACAACAUGGAUAUAUCCUCCUGUUUCUGAUGAACCAACUGCACCACCAUUUUCACCCAGUAUGCCUGACCUCUUUCCUCAGCGUGUGUGAUCUAAAAGGAGCUUCCCGAUCGGUGGAUGUAACACAAUGGGCGACAGCAGAAGCCUCUGGAUAGGUCUGAUCUAAAUGCUUGGUGGACAGCUGCCUGUCAGUGGCCUUUGAGUGGACAGUGUGCCCCGGGGUGCACAGAGUGGGUUUGCCACCCCUUGGCUCUUACCAUGCGAUUAUCCAGCACGGUCUCUCACUGCCUCUGCCUGCUGCUGCUGCUGCGUCUCGGUGUGGUGCUGACCACCGCAGGCACACCCUCACCGGCCAGCCCCGUCAGAACUGCACUCGCACAGAACCAGAACCAAAGCCUGAACCAAGCCAAACCAGCAGACCAGGAAAAAGACACGCAUCACCGGCCCAAGAGAGGGUGGAUUUGGAAUCAGUUCUAUGUUCUGGAGGAACACAUAGGCCCAGAGGCUCAGCAUGUUGGAAAGCUACAUUCUAAUUCAGACAAAGGCGAUGGAUCAGUGCGUUACCUGCUCUCAGGGGAAGGUGCUGGUACCAUAUUCAUCAUCAACGAGGUCACCGGUGACAUCCAUGCUACCAAGAGCCUGGACAGGGAAAAGAAGAGCCACUAUGUCCUCCAUGCCCAGGCUAUCGACCGCACACUAGCAGCCAUAGAGCCUGAGUCGGAAUUCAUCAUCAAGGUCCAGGAUGUUAAUGAUAAUGCACCCAAGUUCCCCGAUGGCCCCUUUACAGCCUCUGUGCCAGAGAUGGCAGAUAUUGGAACAUCAGUGUUUCAAAUCACUGCAACCGAUUCAGAUGACCCUACCUAUGGAAACAGUGCCAGGAUUGUGUACAGUAUUUUACAAGGACAUCCAUACUUCUCUGUCGACCCCAAAAUUGGUAUCAUUAGGACUGCCUUGGCAAACAUGGACAGAGAAACCAGGGAGAUCUACACUGUUAUCAUCCAAGCCAAAGACAUGGCUGGUCAGGUGGGAGGUCUGUCUGGAUCAACCACCAUCAAUGUCACUCUGACGGAUGUCAAUGACAAUCCCCCCAGGUUCCCACAGAAGAACUACCAGCUCUAUGUUCCUGAAUCAGCACAGGUUGGGAAAGCAGUGGGCAAAAUCAAAGCGAACGACGACGAUCUUGGUGUCAAUGCUGAAAUGACAUACCGCAUCACCAAUUCAGAGGGAGCUGCCAUUUUUGCUAUCUCUACUGACAGUGACAAGAAAGAAGGAGUUAUCGUGCUGAAAAAGCAUCUGGACUAUGAGAAGAAGAAGGCUUACACUCUUCACAUUGAGGGGAUCAACACCCACCUGGACUCCCGUUUUUCCCACCUGGGCCCUUUUAAAGACACCACCUCUCUGAAGAUCAUCAUUGGAGAUGUGGACGAGGCGCCACUGUUUUCCAUGGACUAUUACAUCCUGGACGUCUACGAAAACGCCCCCGCAGGGACAGAAGUGGGCAUGGUCACUGCGCAGGACCCCGACAGUACCAAGAGCGCUGUAAGGUAUUCUAUUGACCAAACCAAUCAUGCAGAUACAAGUUUCAGCAUUGAUGCCAACACUGGGCGUAUAACCACUAAGCAAAUGCUUGACCGGGAAGAGGCCGCCUGGCACAACAUCACAGUGAUGGCAUCAGAGAUUGAUAAUCCCAGCCUUGUCAGUUAUGUUCCGGUCACAGUACAAGUCUUGGAUGUGAAUGAUAAUGCGCCGUAUAUUGAAACUGAAAAUGACAUCAUUGUGUGUGAAUCCUCCAGGGUUGGCCAAGUGAUUCAAACGAUUAAGGCCACAGACAAAGACAACUUUGCGAAUGGACACUUUUCCUUCACCCUGCCCAGUGACCCCCCGGGGAACCCCAAUUUCACCCUGAAGGACAAUGAAGAUAACAGUGCGAGCAUCGUGUCGCAGCGACGCGGCUUCAGCCAGACGGAGCAGGAGCUGUACGAGCUGGCCGUGGAGGUGUGGGACGGCGGCGAGCCGGCACUCAGCAGCAUCAGCACCCUCACAUUGCGCGUGUGCCCCUGCCAGAGGGGCGGCCGGCUCAGGGCCUGCCAGGCACAGGCCUUCCUGUCCUCUGCUGGACUCAGCACCGGAGCCCUCGUCGCCAUCCUCCUCUGCAUCGUCAUUCUGCUGGCCAUCGUUGUGUUGUUUGUCACCCUGCGGAGCAAGAAGAGCAAGAAGGAACCCCUCAUCAUCUCAGAGGAGGACGUGCGGGAGAACGUGGUGACAUACGACGACGAGGGUGGAGGCGAGGAGGACACGGAGGCCUUUGACAUCGUGGCACUGAGGAACCCAGCUGCCGCCGAGGAGCUUCGUCUCCGGAGGGAUGCCCUGGCCCAGGCCUGGGAGGUGGCCGCCGCCGCUGCUGCCGCUGGGGCCAGCUGCACGUCGCUUAUGCUGGACGAGGAGGACAUCCACAGGGUCAUCAGGGAGAGGGUGGUGGUGGCCGACCGGGACAUGAGAGGGCCGCCGUACGACUCCCUCCAGACGUAUGCCUACGAGGGCCACGGCUCCCCCACUGGCUCCAUCAGUUCGCUGGACCUCCCUGGGGUGCCAUCUGAGCUGGACCCAGCAGAGCUGGACGACUGGGGCCCGGAGGUUCACACACUGUCCAUACUAUUUAGGGAGCAUGACAAUGAGCACAACCCCUGACAUCAAUCAGUGUUUGAUAUGAGGCCAGGAACAAAAAAACAAAAAACUACUUUUUUUUACCAUCUGACUCAUUUCCUAAUGAGAGGAUUCAGCAGAGACUCUGUUUUUUAAAACUGUGCAGAUUUGUUCACUUUUGAUGUACUGUAUUGACUGUUCUUUUUCACUAGGUUCUACAAGUGGAAGGAGACAACAUGUGUUUUUCAAUUAAAAAGCACACAAUUAUGUAAAAAAUAUCUGAGACUGAGAGAGGAAGUUAUUUUCCCUGGUGUAUAUUUUAUAUUGCUUAAUAAAGUUAAUGACUCCUG